AAUACGUCUCCUUCAGAUCCAUUUCGUUCGUAAGUCAAAUUUCCCAGAAUUGUUUCAAGUUCAUUGCUUUAGUCGUUUUCUUUAUUCUGGCGAUUUUCAGCAAACAGAAUUCAAUUUCUGAUUCAAGCAUCGAUUUUUUUUUUUUAUGGGUUGCGUGUUCUUGAAACUCGAUAGUGGUUCCUUAUCGGCUUAGUUUUCUUGGAAUUAUUUUGUGGGGAUUGGUUGUCUUUGUCUUCUGUGAAAGUUUUUGAAAUGGACGGAAACAAAGACGAUGCUUUGAAAUGCUUCAAAAUUGGGAAAGAAGCUUUGGAAGCUGGGGAUCGAACCCGUGCCCUAAAAUUCCUAACUAAAGCUCGACGUCUCGAUCCGACGCUACCCAUCGACGAUCUCUUAUCGUCGAUUGAGGGCAAUUCCAAUCCUCAGUCCGGUUCAGAUGCUGGCGGGUCUGCCAAUGGGCCAUCUGGGUCGGCUUCAGCUAAGCCGUCCGAUCAACCCUCGCUUCGCCAAAGAGUUCCGUCGACUGAUGGAUCUUCAUCCUCUAAAGUAUCACCAGCUGCUGCGUACACAGAGGAGCAGAUUGCGAUUGUGAGGCAACUGAAGAAGAAGAAGGAUUACUAUGAGAUUUUGGGGGUGGAAAAGAGCUGCACUGUUGAAGAUGUUCGAAAGGCUUAUAGAAAACUGUCUUUGAAGGUUCACCCGGAUAAGAACAAGGCGCCGGGAGCUGAGGAAGCGUUUAAGGCUGUGUCGAAGGCGUUUCAGUGUCUUAGCAAUCAAGAGAGUAGGAAAAAAUAUGAUGUUAUGGGCUCGGAUGAGCCAGUUUACGAGAGACGUGCUUCCAGCCAUGCAGCACAUGGAUUUAAUGGUUUUUAUGAUGGGGAUGUUGAUGCUGAGGAGAUCUUUAGGAACUUCUUCUUUGGAGGAAUGGCACCGGCAACCCAGUUCCGUGGAUUCAGUUUUGGGCAUGGCGGAAUGGGACAGAGGGCUGGUGGUGAUCAUGGUUCUGGCGGGUCCCAUAUUCGGACUCUAAUUCAGUUGUUGCCUGUGUUGCUUAUUCUGCUUGUCAACUUUAUGCCAUCUUCGGAGCCUAUCUAUGCCCUUUCCAGGUCCUAUCCCUAUGAAUACCGCUUUACUACGGAAAAGGGUGUUAAUUUUUAUGUUAGGUCAACCAAGUUUGAGCAAGAUUUCCCGCCAGGUAGCUCGGAGCGUGUCACGCUAGAGCAACGCGUUGAGAGAGAAUACUUCAAUAUUCUUUCCCAGAACUGUCGGCUUGAGCUGCAGCGCCGCCAGUGGGGAUUUAUUCGUGAAACACCACAUUGUGACAUGUUGCAACGGUUUGAGACGGCAGCUUAAUGUGUCUCAUUUAUCCUGACUACAUGUUAGGUGCCAGUCUUUCAGUUUUCCUGUUGUGGACGGUGCAUGGAGCACAAUCGAGGGAAGGAUCAUAGCUGCAAAUUUUGAAGUUCUACUUAUUAAAACUUGACAGUGUCCGCCGCCUGCACACAUUUUCUGUUCUUUAGUCUUAUAUAUGCACAAUGACUUUGUAUAAAAUUGUCUGUGAUUUAAUUAAUGUUUCCAUGCAUGCAUUAUCACGGAUGCAACGAGCUAGUAUGUAAGCUUUGCUAUUGUUAAUGUUACAUAUCAUGUUCAACAUAAUUUUUCCUGUGCUGGUGUAUGCGCCGAGGGAGUUUUGUGGCACUGGCAUGGCAUCUAAGUUUAAGUGAUCCAGAUUACAUCCAUUUGUAAAGUCUACAUAAAAUGUUGUGGAUUAGACAUGCACGGUUCAAGGAGCCAUAUAUACACUUGAGAUGUGAUUUUUACCAUAAAUAAAGGAAAAAUGAUUUCUGUA